CAAAAAUGACAGGUUCUUGUCACCUGUUAAAUCAUUCAACCCUAACCUUUCAUUUCGUUACAUCACAUUUAAAUUUCAAAUUUCUAAGUAAAAAUAAUGAGCGAUGGCUUUCAACCUGAUAGCGUUUGAUUUUGACCAUACAAUAGUGGAUGACAACACGGAUACAGUAGUAGCAGCCCUAAUAAACAAAAAUCAGAUACCUGACAGUUUGAGAACUUUGUAUCGUAAAGAUGGUUGGACAUCGUACAUGCAAGGAAUAUUCAAAUUACUCCACCAGAAUGACAUAAAGGAAAGCCGAAUAUUGGAGGCAAUUAAAAGUAUUAAACCUGUACCUGGAAUAUGUGAAUUGAUACAAAAAGCUCACAACGAUUUAAAUUGCCAUGUGAUAAUAAUAAGUGAUUCAAACACGUAUUUUAUCGAACACUGGUUAAAAUAUCACGAGUUGGAUAAAUAUGUGGCCAAAGUAUUUUCUAAUCCUGCUGAACUUGAUUCGAUGGGUUUGUUGAAUAUUAAAAUGUAUCAUUUUCAAGAUUACUGCAAACUAAGCUCAAAAAAUCUAUGCAAAGGCCAAAUUUUAUUAGAUUACAUUAAAGAACAAAACAGCAAUGGUAUUGAUUACCAGAGAAUAGUUUACUGUGGUGAUGGUAGCAAUGAUUUCUGCCCUAUUCUUAAACUAAACGAGAACGAUAUUGGUUGUGUUCGAAAAGACUACAAAUGUAUUCAGUUAGUAAGUAAAGUUAAAACAGGAGAAAAAAUCGACAAUGUUUUUUAUAAUAUAAAGUGCAACAUUUGCGAGUGGAACAAUGGUUAUGAUAUUUUAGGUCAUUUAGAAUCAUCUAGUUUUAACGAAUGUGAAUAAAUUUUAUUUUAAUAGUAACA